AGUUCAGCUCAGUCGAAGCAAGAGCAAGGAGAGGGCAGAAAGCGGAGAGAUCGCUCUCGGUUUUAUUAUGCUCGAUUUGGUCACUAUUUGCCAAUCUAACCGGUCGGACUCAUGGUGAAGAGAAAGAAGACGUCGUCUACUACCGAAGAGCACGAAAAUGGCAUGACACCGGGCUCCAGGGAGGGGAUCGGUGUCGAUGGGAGGAGGAAUCCGUCCAGAAAGCCCGAAGGUUGCGACGAGGAGGAGAGCGGAGAGCAGGCGAGCGAGGAGCGCAGUACAAAGGGAGACGACGGAGUGGAAAUUCUUAAUCCAUCAGCCACGGGUCUCAGCCCCGGUUCAGCUCCGGUCCUCCCCGCCUCUCCACCGAACCGAACCGGACUAGGCCCAGCCCAGCACCCCCAGACCUCAGCGGAGCCCGGCCCCCCUUGUCACGACCAGCAUCAUUUUCUCCGAUCAAGCGUUCGACCUCCGAGCAAACGGAUCCGGAAGGAUUCAAUCGGCUCGACCAUCAAUGGACAUGGCGGGGCAAAAUCGAAAGGGGCAGAGAAUGGCUCUUCCUCCCACGGAGCAGUGGGGCAGUCGGGACCCGUUGUCAGCUCCGCAGGAGGAGUCUCCAAGGCCUCCAAGGGCCAAGGGUCUGCCGAGAAGGAGGAGCAAGCUGGUAACCAGAAGAGGGCCCGUCGACAGUGGGAGUCUUGGAGCGCAGAGGACAAAAACAGCUUUUUUGAGGGUCUCUACGAGCAUGGGAAGGAUUUUGAGGCUAUUCAGAACAACAUUGCAAUGAAGUACAAGAAAAGAGGCAAGCCGGCCAACAUGGUGAAGAACAAGGAGCAGGUCCGCCACUUUUAUUACCGGACCUGGCACAAGAUCUCCAAACACAUUGACUUUGCCAAUGUGUACUCCCGAGUGCUGAAGAAAUCCUCUCAAGAACUUUAUGGCCUCAUCUGCUACGCCGAGCUCCGCAAAAAAGUUGGAGGCUUAAUGGAUGAUAAGAACGUGGCAAAGCUGAACGAACUCAUCCAGCAAGGGGCCACCACUGUGCGCUCCAAAGGGAGGAACUUGCGAAUCAAAGCACCCAUGUGCCGCGCACUGAAGAAACUCUGCGACCCAGAUGGAGUGAGUGACGAAGAGGACCAGAAGCCGGUGCGUCUACCCUUGAAGGUGGCAGUGGAGCUCCAACCACGCAGUAACCACUCCUGGGCCCGGGUUCAGAGUCUAGCCCACAACCCCCGCCUCAGGAUGGUGGUGGAGCUCCACAGGAAAGUCUCCAGCCUCAUUGAAUUCCUGAAACAGAAGUGGGCGUACCAUGACCAGCGGAUUCUUAAGAGUCUCAUGGAGAGGGAGGCUCUGGAGGGCGGCCAGUCCAGCACAGCUUCUCCCAGCAAAUCACAGCAGGAGGAGCUCUUUCUUUUCCCAGCUGAGAGCAGCACCUUGACCACACUGCCUGGUGUGGCACGUGUGGUUCACUCCAAGGCCUCCUGCACUGUACACUGGCUGGAGAGCGGCAAGAACCGGCCUAACGCCAAGGAAUUGCCAGCUGCCCAGAUUCUGGGUAUUCACACGGCGCCACCACUUCGGACUGGCACCAAAUCUGGACGAGGAGGCACCGCUGCUGCUGUUGGUGGUGCUUCAGUGACUGUAAUGGGUGAUAGUCGGCGAAUUGAGCCCCUUAACCCUGACCCUUCACAAGACAGUUCUGCAAAGGUAGAGGAGAAGAGACCUCCUUCUGUUUCUGUCCCUGCUUCCUCUCAGCAGACUGUGGCUCCCAGGGAAGAGGGAACUGGGAUGGGACCCUCUGAUGUUGUCAAGUCCUGUACUGGUGUGGAAUCCAGUGGUGGUUUAGCAGUGACCAAAAGCACGGACAAGUUGUGUAGUGGCACAGAAAGCUCAUCGGAGCAGUGCAAAGAGGAGCUAAACACCAGCACCUCAUCCCCAGAGGCCAAUCAGACUCCUCCAGCCAAAGCUCAAGUGACUGGCUCAGAGGAGGGAAUGUCUGCUCCAGCAGCCAAAGAACGGGCCAUUGAGCAGAUCAGAGAGGAUGGCUGGAGUGCCCGUGACGCAGACAACGUCACCCUGGCUGAGCUCUACCUGAUGUUUGGGAAGCCUGGCAAGCUGCUGCUGGAGUAUGAGUGGCAGCCCAUUGCAGUUCCUUCCAACAACCAAGAAAACGGACAAGCCUUGGCACAGCCCAAGCCCAACAGGACACAGCGCGUUUUGCGCUGCCUGCUCAAGCUGGUUGCCACUGAGGUCAAUCCUAAACCUUUGGCUCCAGAGUUGUGCUCCACAGCCACAUCACCACUCAAGACCCACCAGGAGGAGCAAAACCAGACCCUCACACCUCCAGGGAAGGGUCUCAUUGCAGGUGUUCGCAGCCCCAGCUGUGGCCGGCAGCAAGCCUCGGUCCGAGGUGCCAGGUUACACCUGCCUAACACUGGAGCCGCAGGUGGACGCAACCUCCCCCGCUCUCUGCUGGGAUCGACUGCAGGCAGCGACUCAGAAGGCGGUGUGUUUGCAGUUCCCACCACGCUGCCCCCCAACAGCUCGCGGCACAACAGAAUGUUUUCCCCCAACAAGGAAGCUGAGCUCGCCUUCAGACAGCAGCUUGACUCUAUCAGCAUGCAGUCAGAUCUUUUCUGUUCUAGACAGAGAAAACCUCGAAACAGACAACUUCGGAAGCCACUUGUAGUUCAGCGAACACUCCUACCCCGAACAACAGGAGAUACUCCUCAGCAUGUCUGCUCCUUCUCCAUCCUCUCCAACUCCUCUGCCACAGGAACUGGAUCAUUUCGGCCAAUCCACACUCGCCUGGCUCCUCCCCCCCGCCCCCUCCUGUCCAAGGCCUCCCCUGCAACGUCCAGCUCUGCAGCAUCCAGCCAGCUCUCCAGUGCUAUUGACCUGGCGGCUAAGUCUGCAGGUAUCAUCCCUGGCAGUCCCUGUCGGGAGCUGAACUCUCCCGCGGUUGAUAACGGCACCCUGCUCGCCACCACACCCAUUGUUGAUGCUGAACCAGACUCCCAACUCCUCCAGCACAAUGUCCCAGAGAAUGGUGUGCCUCCACCAUCUCCUGGAGCGACCGGUGGUGGGGACUCUCUCCUCUCUCCGCCAAGUGUAGCCUCGCUCCUGGACAUCUCUCUCCCCGGUCCCCCUGAAGAGGCUCUCGCCCCCGGAGAACCUCAGACACACAUCAGUGACUCCAUCAUUGAGCUCGCCAUCAACUCUGCCCACUAUGGUGAGGAGGCCACACUCUCUUCAGCCAAGCUGAGCAACGACGGCUCCAAACUGUUGGCCACGUCUCCCUCAGUCAGCCCGUCCAGAGGCUGGAUCCCAUCGCCCAGCCACGACCCCCAGUGGUACCCCAGCGACUCAUCAGACUCAACACUGGGAUGCCUCCUCUCCAGCAUGGUCUCUCCUGAUAAGGGCAGGCGGACCACCCUAACCCCCUCUGGCCCCUCCAGUGGCACAGCUCUGCUUGGUCCUAGCCUCCUGGACUGCAACUCCCAUGAUUCCUUUCAGUCCCGUGGCCUUCCUGAUGUUGCAGAAAUGGACUCUCAGCUUGCUUGUAUGAUGAGUGAGAGCAGCGUGGACUACAUCGCUCGCUUCAAUGACCUGGCUCAGGAACUGGCUGUGACCGAGCCCUCCAUCCCACCACCCUAAAGAAGAGCAGACCGGGCUCCACCGAUCCACAGCCAUCUGGAGGGACACAAGCUGCCGAGCGAUCAGAGAAGAGGUUUCCUCCUCUCGGUCUAGACUGUGCCACGCUGUCGCUUCUUCUUUGGAGAAAAGACAGCUGUGUGGGCCCCCUAAAGCCAUCCCUGCCCUCUUUGUAAAAGUGCAAUAAUAAUAGUGAAGCUUGACCAUUGUUCAGAGUUCAAAACGAGUUGGUUUCGCUGAACUGCUCUAUACGGUGAAAUGCCCUUUAAAAACAAACACUUUAGAAAAACUAAUGCGUUUACAAAACACAACCUCAUGUACAGGAAAAUACUAUGCCAUAUCUGAACAAAAUAUUUUCACUGAUCUUUGAUGUCUCUUCCUGCUGUGUGUGUGUGUGUGUCUGUGUCUGUCUGUCUGUCUUCUACUCUCUCAGAUCAACUCCCAAAAUGUGUAAAUCCACAACAAUGUGCAGUUCAGAUCCCAGCAGCAAACAGCUGCUGGGGGGUGAUUUUGAAAUUAAUGGCAGUGAGAAAGAGGUGGAAUGUCAUGAGAUACUUCUCAUAGUUUCUAUAAAGCUGUUUCUGCGGCCUCAGUUGCAAAAGUAGAGCACAACGUGGCAGGUAGAAGUGAAAUCAAUUGAUACUUCCCUCCUUUUCAUGUGCUCUUGAUCAGUUCAGGUUUUAUUGGUUGCAUUUUAGGAACAGUCUGCCACGCGUGUUUGGAAUCAGGUUUGUCAUUUCUUAUGGUCACAUCCAAAAUGGCAGCUUUUUGUUGGUUGACUACAUUUGGUAGUAGCUCUACAGAUGUAAUCUGCAGCUUUUACUACCCUUGAAUGUUGUGCUGAAAUCAUAUCAGAAUUUAAUGUCCAUCGCCGACUGCUUCGAUCACUUUUAAUGUAUGUCGAGAUGCAAUGGUCUUCAGGUUGGUUUGUUGUUGCAUAAAGAGGUCGAUAAGGUAUAAAAACGUUCUUCUUCCACAUACUUAUUUAGAUUUCACUUGCCGUUUCUCUUUUGAACAUUUAAAUGGUAUACCCAAUGUUACAUUUCAUUUUCGUCUCAUUUUAAAUAACCUUGUCACAUGGAUCUUUUCACUCAGUUACUUUAGUUAUAACAAAUAACAUUGCUCAUUUAACCUUUACUUCCUCUCGCUUGUAUAUUGAACUUCAAACAAGCCGUUUGCAGUCAAGGACAGAACACCAGGCACCCAUAACCCCAUAAUGUGACCAAUCAUGUGUUGGUUUUCAUUGACAGACUGACUAAAAUUCAAAAUGUCUUGGGUACCAUUAAUAGUUCGCAGUAGUGUUACACUCCGUUUCAGCUCCAGGAGAGCGAGCAGUCAGAAGUAUGUAAAGAAAUCAAACACUAAAGACAUAGUUGACACUCAUCAAAUCACUAGUAAAACCUUCUGAUUGGUUGUGCUCAAAACAUUAAUUCCCCAUUGACUUGUACUGAUACUGGAUGCUGACAAACACUAUGGCUAAUGUCAACAUGAUUGGCUUCUAAACAUGUUCACCAUCCCGUUUAACGCCGGCCCACUCUGUGUGUGAUUAAGUUAAAAAGGUAAAUGGAUUCUUCUCUCUCUCUUUUCUUUCCACAUGUAGUUUCACCACUGCGAUGCACUCGCGGCAAAUAUACACGUACUAUGUGUGGACACAGUCCGGAUGUUCUCUGAAUUUCAAUUAACCAGCAUCAUCUAAAUGCAGUAUUGUGAACAUUUUGUCUCGUCAACAUGUUUAUCUUCUUAUCUGAGAGUUUUUGUUGCCGUUCCAAAAAUGGGAUUUAAAACGCUGGUCUCCUUAAUAAGCACCUUGGGGGCUUUGACUCUACAAUAUAAAAGCUCUUGUGACAUUUCUCCGUCGUCUGAUAGAAAGGCUUCAUCUUCUCCCACUAGAAACAAUGAAGAUGAUUCUUAAUAAGGAAUAAACAGUAGGCUUUUCAAUCUGGAAUGGGGUUUUUUUUGUUAGUGAAGGAUUUGUUUGUACAAAUGUCAAUUCCAGUAUUCACUGCGCUUUUGUAAUAUAAUGUAAAUUGUUAUUUGGACUAUUUAUUGUUAACAUUUCAGAAAAAAAUGUUUUCUGUUUAACUUAAUAUUAAGAUGACAUCUAAAAAGGAAAAACCUGUUUAAAGUUUUCAGUUUAUAAAAAGGUGUUUUUAUUCUGUGUAUAAAGAUAGUUAAAAAACA